GUUUCUACUUUCUCAAGUCCACUACUUAAGCAGUUGUAUUAGGAACUAAUUAUAAAUAUUAAUUAAUUACCUCAUAAUCACCUUCUUCUUCAUGCAUUUCUCACUUCACUCCAUAACUCCUAUGCAUCCACACUCACCGUUCCCGUCGCCGUCGUCGGAAGCCAAAAAUGGUAUCACUUCAAGAGCCAUUCCUAAACCGCCGCCAACAGUCAUUAAUUUUACACAUUCACCACUGCCGCCUUCGCCGUCAUCACCGAACGCGUCGUUAAAGCCAAUAAUUAAACCUAUUGAUGAUAAAAUCGCUUUACAUCCACCGCCACGGCGGCCGAUAUAUACUCAUCCGUUACCGAAGCUUCUUCCGAAACUUACGUUACCACCGCCUCCGGUAACGGCGUUAAUGUUUCCUGUGAAUGGUUCUUCUGCACCAGUUUCUAGAGAUGAAACUUCGUCGAUUAAAGUUCAAUCGCCGUUGUCAAGUGCAUCAAUCGGAUCUGUAAUUGGAAUUUCUGUAGGCGUUACCGGAGCUUUCUUCAUUGUUGCAAUUAUACUCUUCGUGUGUUGCAGGAAUAAGCUUAAAUGUGGAAAAUUACGUGAUCGUGAAUCUCCACUGCCAAAAGAUGACUUGUACCAUGUUCUGCGUCAAAGUUUUAGACAGCAGAAUGUAGCAAAUGGUUCUCCUGUUUCCCCAAAGCAAGUGACACCAUUCCGCCCACUUCACUUCUUUGACAACAAUGCUCAUUCCAAUUCCCUUAAUUCAGAAGCUGGCAGUCAUUUUUCACCAAAAGACCACAUAGUGGAUUUAGCUGUUUCGGGUGGCAAUUUCACAUAUGAAGAGCUGUGGUUAGCAACUAGUGGAUUCUCUACAUCCAACCUUCUAGGUGAAGGUGGAUUUGGGUAUGUACACAAAGGAGUCCUCCCUACUGGAAGAGAAAUUGCAGUUAAACAGUUGAAGGUUGGUAGCCAUCAAGGGGAGCGUGAAUUUCAAGCAGAAGUAGAGACUAUUAGCCGAGUGCAUCAUAAACAUCUUGUGUCUUUGGUUGGAUACUGCAUGAAUGGAACAAAGAGAUUGCUUGUUUACGAAUUUGUUUCCAACAGGACCUUAGAGUAUCAUUUACAUGGGGAGGCACAAUCCACGAUGAAAUGGGCAUCUAGAAUGAAAAUUGCUAUAGGGUCAGCCAAAGGAUUGGCUUAUCUGCAUGAAGACUGUAACCCCACUAUCAUUCAUCGUGAUAUCAAGGCAGCUAAUAUUCUUCUUGAUUCUAACUUUGAAGCUAAGGUUGCGGACUUUGGACUUGCCAAGUUCUUAUCUGAUUCAAACCAUCAUGUCAGUCAUAUCUCCACUAGAGUGGUGGGAACUUUUGGGUAUCUGGCCCCAGAGUAUGCACAGAGUGGAAAGACCUCAGAUAAGUCCGACAUCUUUUCUUUUGGAGUCAUGCUCCUGGAGUUAAUUACAGGGCGUCCACCUAUAAUCUCAACUGAAUCCUCCGCAUGCAGCAGUUUGGUCAUAUGGGCAAGGCCUUUGCUUAGAAGUGCAUUGGAUGAUGGAAAAUUGGACGCCCUAGUAGAUCCAUGUUUGGGACAAAAUUAUAACAGUGAAGAGAUGGCUAACAUGAUUGCUUGUGCUGCUGCUUGUGUGCGUCAUUCAUCACGGAGAAGACCGCGGAUGAGUCAAGUAGUUCGUGCUUUAGAAGGCGAUGCCUUUAUCCUGGACCUUGAUGAGGAAAAUAGGCCAGGACAGAGUACCAUUUGUGACUUUGAUUCUGAUGGAAGCAACUAUUUUGAGAAGUUCAAGAAAAUCCAGCGGAGCACUCUGAAAUCAAAAGAAGAAUGGUAAUACCACCGUGCACCGGGGGCUGUCAUGGAAGUACACCAACUGAAAAUGGAGUUAGAUGAACGAAGCUCUUCUCCCCUUUUUAUCUUUCUUUUCACUGAUGUAGAUGAUAAUUCGAGGGUGAAAUAUAUGAUUGCAACCAUCAAAGUUGUCUCACUUAGUGAGAGGAUUGAUAGUUUGUAGUUACUUGAAAGUGCAAAAAGAGAAGAAACAGGAAUUGGCAUGAGAUAUUCAGUAUAUCACCAAGUAAAAAUCUGUGUAUAAAGAUGCAUGUUCAGAUGUACAUAUAGAUUUCUUCCCCUCUCUCUUUUCUUA